AUGCCACACCUGAAGGCGGACUCUUCCAGACCAGCCCAAGGCAGGGCAGGGCCCUGGGUUGCCCGGUGGAUAGAGUGGACCCGCUUCUGCGCUCCUGCCCCGCCAACCUGCCACCCAGCCUGCGCCCUGGGUCAGGGUCCCACCGGGCUCUUCAGCCCUCGGGGAGCCAUGGACCCCGCCCGGCGCGCUCUGAAUCGCCGGACGGCAGCCAGAGGGCUGUUGCUCCGGACGGCAGCUGCGGGGAGGGGGCUCCGGGACGACUGGAGGGGUGUCCGGGCUCGGAGUGGCCAAUCUCAGAUGCCUAAGAAGCAGGAGCAGCCUCAGGAGAAGGAAGCAGCAGGUUCAGGACACGAAUCCCUCCUGCCUAAUGAGAGAAGCUUUCAGAAUGCUGCUAAAAGCAAUAAUUUGGACCUUAUGGAGAAGCUGUUUGAAAAAAAGGUCAACAUUAAUGCAGUGAACAUUAUGAACCGUACAGCUCUGCAUUUUGCAGUAGGGGGAAAUAAUCUCUCUGCCGUGGAUUUCUUGCUGAGCCACAAGGCCAGAGUGGAUGUUGCUGAUAAGCAUGGCUUGACUGUAAUUCACCUUGCAGCCUGGUCUGGAAGCUUUGAGAUCAUGCUCAUGCUAGUUAAAGCUGGAGCAGACCAGAGAGCCAAGAAUCAGGAUGGAAUGAAUGCUCUUCACUUUGCAGCCCUGAACAAUAAUGUGAACAUUGUAGAAUACCUCAUCCAAGACCUGCACCUGAAGGACUUGAACCUGCCAGAUGAGAGAGGAAGAAAACCAUUUCUUCUGGCAGCUGAGAAGGGUCAUGUUGAAAUGAUAGAAAAACUUAUAUUCCUUAAUCUACAAACUUCAGAAAAGGACAAGGAGGGAAACACCGCCUUGCACCUGGCUGCCAUGCAUGGCCACAGUCCAGCUGUGCAGGUGCUGCUAACUCAGUGGCAAGAAGUAAAUGAGACCAAUGAGAAUGGAGAAACACCAUUCUUUUUGGCUGUGGAAGGAGGUCAUGAAGAAUGCAGCAAAAAGCUACUGGCAGCAGGAAGUGAUGUGAAUGUGCCAAAUAAACUCCAUGUCAGCGUUUUACAGAUAGCAAUCCGGAAUGGCCACACAUCCCUUGUCAACUUUCUUCUUAGUGAGAACAUUGAUCUGCACCAGAGGAUGGAACCUCAGGAAUCCCCGCUUCACUUAGCAGUUAUCCACAACAACAUCACAGUUGUAAGCAUCUUAUUACGUGCACAGCAUGCUACAGACAUCUUAGAUCAGAGGCAGCGGACCCCUCUGCACAUAGCUGCUGACCUCGGAAACGUGGAGGCGGUGGAGGCUCUGCUGCAGGCAGGCUGUGACCUGAAGCUCACCGACAAGCAAGGAAAGACUGCCCUGGCUGUGGCAUCCAGGAGCAACCACAGCCUAGUGGUGGACAUGCUCAUUAAAGCCGAGAGGUACUAUGCCUGGAGAGAGGAGCAUGAGGAGAGCACCGGGGAGCUCUCAGCAGGUUUCACUCUGACAUUCAAGCAAGACCACUGCCCGGAGACCAGACACAUCCGCACACUUCUCUGGAACCUGGCUUAUCGGCAGCUGCAAGUUAAUGAGUGGCAGAGGUUGGCCCGCUUGUGGAGCUUCACAGAUGACCAGAUCAGAGCCAUUGAGGCCCAGUGGUCAGGAAACCAGAGCUUCCGUGAGCAUGGCCACAGGGCUCUGCUCAUCUGGCUGCACGGGGCUCUGAUGACACAGCCCCACCCUGCCAAACAUCUGUAUGAAGAGCUGGUGCGUGCAGGUUUUCCUGAACUAGCUGAAAAGAUUCGCCAAUUCAAAAGCACAUCUGACUCCAGCUCCAAGAAAUGUGUAGUUUCUUAAAUGCAUAAAGGAACUUCUUUAAAUACACUCAGCAUCCGGUUCUUUUAAAUUCAGUCCUGUUUGUGCCAUGAGUUUCAUUCAGCAGUGCUGAUUUUCCCUCCAAUGAUGAAGAUAGUACUGACAGGUUCCUAGAGCUGAUGACAAAGAAGCUGGACUUUUUUAUAUUUCCCAACCACUGGAAAGUCAUAUUUUCUUUUUGGUUUUGUUCAAGGCAAGUUGCAUGUGAUGCUCAUUUCUGUCACCGGGGCAGCCCAUGAAGAAGAUAAUCUAGGAGGGCUUUGUCCAUGUUUAGAAACAAAGCAGCAUGCAUGGCGACAUGGAGAAAACCAAGUGCUGGAAGAGAUAGAUGUGGUUUUGAAAUUGGGGUUCCCACUUGGGACCUCUGAGGCCUGGGAAUCAAUAUUACUUCAGUUCUCAGAUUGAAUUUCCAUCUGUAAAAUGGGGGAAAUGUCUCUCCUAAGAGGUCAGAGUGAGGAUGAAGAAAGAACAUCUGUCAUGGCUGGGGCCCACGGCCCAGAAAUCAAUUUUUAAGUCUCUUUGGUAACAGAAAUUCUGUUUGAAAAUAGUCACUGGUAACUUUGAAUCACAGAGAAAUAUGAAGUAUUACCUAGGAAAUUCUAGAAAUACACCAAUGUAUUUUUAAUCUCUUGGUAGAUUAAUUACAGGUGACUUUAAUUUUCUUGCUACUUUUUGGUAUGAUCUAAGUGUUUUCAUUAGGAGUAUGCAUUAUUGCGAUCUGAAAAGGUUACAAAAUGAAUGUGAAGUCAAUAUUAAUUCUCAGCAGUUUAUGUCUCCCUAUUUGCUAUAAUUUAAGUGGCCUCACCUGGUCUGCUUUGCUCAUGUGUAACACCUUUGUUAGGUUUAAUUCCACACACCUUAUGUGGUUUGAGCCUUAUAUAAGCUUUGUGCUAGCUGCAUUCCAGGCUGCUGGUCUUUGAGAUAGGAGUCCACCAGCAGUCCUUCAGCUCUCCAAUAAAGAUGCGUAAUUUGGACUUUUAAGUGGUGGCU